UCGCGCACUCAGGGGUUGGACGACGCACGCCUCACGCCCCCGUUAUGUCCCGUUCGCCUGCUGCCGGAGACCGAAGUGUAUAUAUAUAGAUGCCCACAUUGCCGGCGGGUGAGCGAAUACCACAGCCAGACGGCGCUGGGACAUCAGCUGACACACCGGCGAGGACACACUGCACUAGUCAUUACACGAUGAGGCGAGUGUCGCUAUGGCUGCUGGUUUUGGGGGUGGGCGUUCUGGGGGCGGUGGCCGAGGGGCCGGUGCCGUACCCCGGCGUGCCGCUGCCGCCGCCCUCGGUGGACCCCGGGGCGCCCUACACGCACUACGCGCCCGCCGACCCCGGCUUCACCUUCCAGACCGGCUACGAGGGCUUCCUGGUGCCGGUGGAGCAGCAGCUGCACUCGCUGCUGCCGCCCGGGCCCUGGAGCGCCUUCACCUCCGUCUUCCUGCACUUCCUGCCCAAGUUCGGGCUCAAGCUGAUCGGCACGGUGGGCCUGUGGCUGCUGGGCUUCUCGCUGGUGGUGCUCCUGGGCGGCGGCUUCACCGUCGCCGUCUGCACCUUCACGCCGCUCUGCACGCUCACCUUCCUGGGGUUCCCCUUUGGCAGGGCGCAGGUGCGCGAGUCCGUGAGGGCCUUCCUCGAGGACGACCGCCUCACCCAGGCGGCCGCCUUCGUCACCGAGGCCCUCGACAAGUACGCCAAGAUGAACGCCAAGGCGGGGAAGUCCCUCGGCGAGAAGGCCAACGCCCUCGACAAAGAAGACAAAAAGAAAGCGUGAGGCACGCGUAACCCUCCUCUUCACUGUGUUCCAACACGGUACAGCAAUGGCAGCCACACCUCCAAUUUGUUCACGUCUCCGCUCGUGACGACAGGAUUACAUGUCCAGUCCACCAUCUUUCCAUACAGCACAACACUUUAUCAGACCCCUUCGAAUUGUGGCAUAGUACUCUGGGGAGACCUGAACUUCUGUCACGAUACGUGGAUGCAGAGUCAUCUGGUCAUCUUCAGGUGUACAUCAUGGAAGUACGCCGAGCUCAUCCACUUAGGAUACCACUGGCACAUAUCUGGUGUACUGCUGUUUAUCAGUCACCAUCAUAUUUUCCACUUUGUACUUCCUCAUUUGAGGCAGUUCCUCACUGAACUGUCGACCUAACAUUAUAAUUACGUGAUCAAAUGUCUAGCCCAACAUCUUCCCACGUAUCACUACAUAACGUCAAGUUACUACAACAUUUGAUGCAGUAUGACAGUCUUACCAUGUAUGUUCUCGUUUCUGCAGCAACUUCUUGCUACAAGCACUUUCUGGAGUGCAGCCGUUACCAAUAGCCCUCCUGCUAUUCUGGUAUUUCCCCUCCGAACCGUACAGCUAUCCUCUGGGACAACUGUAAGAGAAUUGCCCCAUUCUUCCCUCCCAUUUUAUAAAGUAGUAGAUCGCAUGACAGUGGUGGCUGAAGAGAUACCAUUGAGGAGGCAGAGAUUCACACUGCUCGCCUAUCCUCUACCUUGGACAUCAUUGAUAUGCCUUCUCGGUGAGGGCACUACAUUGCCAUUCAGAUCUAACUGCUGUAGAUUGGAUAGCGCGUCGUCCUCCUGUCCAGCAAAUUUAUUUCAAGAUAACCAUUCGACACAGUAUAAAAUGGUGAUCUAAAGACUUAAACGUGAUUAGGUUAGGCAAAAACAAAUUAUUUUACCGUUAUAUUUCCUGAAUAUUACCUCUACCUAUCAGUGGUGAAAGGUAUCACUGUUUCCGAGAAUAGAAAGACAAUGAUGUCUAUGAAGAUGUUGUAUAAUCGAAAAAACACACUAGCUGUCAAACGUGUUUUACAGUAAUUGUGACACUGAAGUACCUGGCUCAAGUCAGAGAUUAUGCAACUAUGCUGUAGGAGAUAGUAUUAUGGGAGUGCAUGCGUACCGCUUGUCACCAAAGAGAUAUUCUAGAAUGAUCCUUGUACGUAAUUUAUGUCUCAUAAUUGCUUGUAUAUAAUAAUCAUUUACAUUAUUUAUGUAUUUAUUUAAUAUUUAUAGCAGCCAGUAAAUGUAAAUAAAAUUGACUACCAUGGUUAUGUCCAAUAAAAGUGCACUGUUUCCCAUU